CGAACUCAAUGGUUAUAUUUAUGAUUAUUUAUACAAAAAUAAUUUAUUAAAAACAGCCCAAAGCUUCUUAAACGAAACCCAAAAUCAAUCUAUGGGCCCAUCUGCUAGUGGUAGUCUACCAUCGCCGAAAGUGAAGAUAGAUACACCAAAGAGUUACCUAUUUGAAUGGUUUAUUAUAAACUUAGAACUACAAUAUCAAAAUCAGUUCAGAUCACCAAACUAUUAUGAAAUUAAUUUUAAUUUACAACAGAGGUAUGAUGUAUCUCAGAAGAAAUAUAUGAUGAAACAAAGAGCAGGCGCUGUACAACAUCCAGCUAGGCCAUACCCUGCACAGAUGAUCAGACCACCUAUGUCUAUACCGUCGAUGCCACCACCACCCACGCCGAUUCAACAACAACAACAGCCUCAACAACCUCAACAAGCCCAGCAACCUCAACAAUUCCAACCUCAAAUAAAUGGCUAUUCGCCUACUGAUGAGUCCCCUAAGCAAAGAGUCACACGUCAGAAUAAGCGUGCUACAAAAAAGAAGAAAAAAGACGAUGACGACGAAAGUUUCAACAAUGACGACGGUGGGGGAACUCCUUCACAAAAUGAUUCACCUGCUAUUACACCAUCAGAGAUACUGGCCAAUAUAGAUAAUCAACAACAAUCUACCCCAAAUUCCAACGAAAACAUUAAUCAACAAGAAAAUUUUCUGGAUUUCAAUAUGCUUAACGAUUUACCGCAAAUGAACGAUUUGAAUGAAAUUUUUAAUGAUCCGUUAUCUUGAAAAUUAAACUUUGUACAUAUUUUUUAUUUUUUAUAUUAUACGCGUUUGUUU